AUGACUAUGGCCACCGCCUUUGCUGAAACUACUAAGCGCUCGGCUUCUUCUGUUGAAAUGAAGAAGCGUGUGCUUAGUUUGUACCGUAAAUUUAUUCGUGAUUCUCCAACUUUCAUUGAAUUGUACGAAUUGGAUAUGCCAACUUCUGCCAUGAGAACAAAGGUCAGACAAGAAUUUGAAAGAAACCGUUUCGUUAACUCCUUGGCUGUGCAAAAUGUCUUGUAUAUGAAGGGUCAAAUGGAAUAUCAAGAAACCAUCAAUUUCUGGAAACAACAGGCACACGUUAUGAAAUACUUUGACGAUGAAAUCAGUUAUAACACAAUCAAAGACAAUGGUUUCGUUCAAAAUUUCCUUAGAGGAACUGUCUAA